UUAUUAAUUACCACCCUGGUUUUAACAAAGCAGUUCUGCUUCGCAAGCUGGCUUCGUUGAUUUGAUCUCUCUCUCUCUCUCUCUUCAAUCCUUUUGACAAUCAAGAAACUUCCCUCGAGGUUUUCCAGGCCAUUUUCUAGGGUUUUCGUUCCCAUUUUCUCUCUCUCUCACCUCUCAUUCAAAACACGUACAUCUAUAUCUACACAAAGUUUCGCCCUUUUCACCUCUGUUUCAUUCUGGGUUUUCAAGGGUUUCAAUCCAGACUUCGUCAGAUGCAAUCUUUUCUUGAUACCAACGCUUGGGUGUAAUGACUUUUGUCAUCAGUGAAUGGCGGCGAUUCUCCAUUUCCUCAUACUGGUAACUUUCAUUUCAAACCCUAGUUCUUUGUUCAAUCUCGUAUCGGCUUCGCACGACGAUUUCUCGAUAAUCGGCGUCGAUUCGGAGCUGUUGCACCAGGAUUACGCUCCGCCAGCUCCGCCUCCUCCGCCGCCGCACCCUCCGUCGGUGUCAUGCGAGGACGAUCUCGGUGGUAUUGGGUCUCUAGACACUACUUGCCAAAUAGUAUCUGAUUUGAACCUAACAGGAAAUGUGUAUAUACAAGGAAAGGGCAAUUUUUACAUCCUUUCUCGUAGGAAUGUUAAUUGUUUGGUUUCUGGGUGUGAAAUUACUAUAAAUAUUACUGGUAAUUUUAGUUUGGGUGAGAAUGGUACGAUUGUGGCCGGAACAUUUGAGUUGGCUGCAUAUAAUGCAAGUUUUGGUAAUGGGUCUUUGGUGAAUACUACUGGGUUGGCUGGUUCUCCUCCUCCGCAAACUAGUGGGACACCGCAGGGGAUUGAUGGGGCGGGUGGGGGGCACGGGGGAAGAGGGGCUGCUUGUUUGACUGAUCAGGAGAAGCUCCAAGAAGAUGUUUGGGGCGGUGAUGCGUAUUCUUGGUCAUCGUUGCAGAAGCCGUGCAGUUAUGGUAGUAAGGGCGGGACAACGAGCAAAGAGGUGGAUUAUGGUGGAGGUGGCGGUGGAAGGAUUAAGUUGGAGGUUGUGACCUUUCUUGAGGUGAAUGGUAGCUUGAUGGCUGAUGGGGGUGAUGGGGGUCCCAGGGGUGGAGGUGGGUCUGGUGGCAGCAUCUUCAUCAAGACUCGUAAGAUGACUGGAGGUGGCAGGAUAAGCGCUUGUGGGGGCAGUGGUUUCGCUGGUGGGGGUGGCGGAAGAGUCUCUGUUGAUGUUUUCAGCAGGCAUGAUGACCCUAAAAUCUUUGUUCAUGGAGGAGGAAGUUCUGGCUGCUCACAAAACUCAGGUGCUGCUGGGACCUUUUAUGAUACUGUUCCACGGAGCCUUAUAGUUAGUAAUCAUAACAUGUCAACAGAUACAGACACACUUCUUAUGGAAUUUCCUCAUCAGCCGCUUAUGACAAAUGUUUACAUUCGAAAUCAUGCCAAGGCCACUGUGCCCCUGCUUUGGAGUCGAGUCCAGGUCCAAGGACAAAUUAGUCUCUUGUGUGGUGGAGUGUUGAGCUUUGGGCUGGCACAUUAUGCUUUGUCAGAAUUUGAAUUAUUGGCAGAGGAGCUCUUAAUGAGUGAAUCUGUAAUUAAGGUUUAUGGAGCUCUACGUAUGUCUGUAAAAAUGUUCUUAAUGUGGAAUUCAACAAUGCUUAUAGAUGGUGGUGGAGAUGCAAAUGUGGAGACAUCUUUGGUUGAAGCUAGUAAUCUAGUUGUUCUCAGGGAAUCAUCUAUCAUACAUUCUAAUGCAAACUUGGGAGUUCAUGGACAAGGUUUGCUAAACCUAUCAGGACCAGGAGAUUGUAUUGAGGCACAACGUCUAGUUUUGUCGCUGUUCUAUAGUAUCUAUCUUGGACUUGGAUCUGUUCUGCGAGGUCCUCUAGAAGAUGCAAAAACUGAUGCUGUGACUCCAAGGCUGAACUGUGAACUUCAAAGUUGCCCCAUUGAACUACUUCAUCCGCCUGAAGAUUGCAAUGUCAACUCUUCAUUGUCCUUCACCCUUCAGAUUUGCCGAGUUGAGGAUAUCCUUGUUGAAGGCCGUAUAGAAGGAUCCGUUGUUCAUUUCCAUAGGGCAAGAACUAUAGCUAUUGAUUCUCUUGGAGCAAUUAGUGCAUCAGGAAUGGACUUCUGUGUUUGCUUCUCUCUGCAGUGCUGCGUAAACGGUGUGGUGUAUUCUCUAUUUUUUACACUUACUUCCUUGAAGGGGGAAAGAAUCGUGUUUUCAAGUUGCACAGGUGGUGUGGGUAGAGGAAAAGUUUUAAGCAGUGGUCCCAGCAGCGGUGGGGGGCAUGGUGGUAUAGGUGGAGUAGGAUGUUAUAAUGACACCUGCAUUGAGGGUGGUAUUGCAUAUGGAGAUGCUGACUUACCUUGUGAACUUGGUAGUGGAAGUGGGAAUGAAAGCUUAGCUGGUUCAACUGCUGGUGGUGGCAUCAUAGUGAUGGGUUCAAGGGAGCAUCCCUUGUUGAGCUUAUCUGUUGAAGGUUCAGUUGCCUCAAAUGGAGAAACUUAUGGAGAAAAUAAUAGGAAGAAACAUGACAGUACCAUAGAUGUUUUGAGUGAAGGUCCUGGUGGUGGAUCUGGUGGAACUAUUCUUAUGUUUUUACGUUCACUAGUUGUCAGUGAGUCUGGUGUGCUUUCCAGUGCUGGCGGCCAUGGGAGUCAGAAUUGUGGUGGUGGAGGCGGUGGACGGAUUCACUUCCAUUGGGCAGACAUUCCCACUGGAGAUGUGUACCAGCCAAUAGCUAGUGUAGAAGGAAACAUCCAUACCAGGGGAGGUCUAGGUAGAGACCAGGGUGGUGCAGGGGAAAAUGGAACAGUGACUGGAAAAGCUUGCCCAAAAGGGCUUUAUGGGACAUUCUGUGAGGAGUGUCCAGCUGGCACUUACAAGAAUGAUACAGGAUCUGAUAAAGCCCUUUGUCGUCAAUGCCCAGCAUCUGAGCUUCCCCAUCGAGCUGUUUACAUUGUCGUCCGAGGUGGUAUUGCUGAAACACCUUGUCCUUAUGAAUGCAUUUCAGACAGAUAUCACAUACCGCACUGUUAUACAGCUCUUGAAGAAUUGAUGUACACAUUUGGUGGGCCUUGGGUAUUUGGCUUUCUUCUUGUGGGCCUCCUGGUCCUGUUAGCUCUGGUGCUUAGUGUUGCACGAAUGAAAUUUGUUGGUGUUGAUGAAUUACCAGGCCCAGCUCCGACACAACAUGGCUCUCAGAUAGAUCAGUCUUUCCCUUUCCUGGAGUCAUUGAAUGAGGUUUUGGAAACAAACAGAAAUGAAGAGUCGCAGAGUCAUGUGCAUAGAAUGUACUUUAUGGGACCAAAUACCUUUAGUGAACCUUGGCAUCUUCCUCAUACUCCUCCAGAACAAGUAAAAGAGAUAGUGUAUGAGGGUGAAUUCAAUGGAUUUGUGGAUGAGAUUAAUGCAAUUGCUUCUUACCAGUGGUGGGAGGGAUCGUUAUACAGCAUUCUUUGUAUUCUUGCAUAUCCUCUUGCAUGGUCAUGGCUGCAAUGGCGCCGGAGAAUCAAGUUACAACGACUCCGUGAAUUCGUCAGAUCAGAAUAUGACCAUGCCUGCUUGCGUUCUUGUCGCUCACGUGCCCUCUAUGAAGGGCUCAAGGUAGCCGCAACAUCUGAUCUAAUGCUAGCAUUUGUGGACUUUUUUCUUGGUGGAGAUGAAAAGCGAACUGAUCUUCCUCCUCGCCUUCAUCAAAGGUUUCCUAUCUUCUUGCUUUUUGGAGGAGAUGGAAGUUACAUGGCUCCUUUCUCACUUCAAAGUGAUAAUAUUAUCACUAGUCUCAUGAGCCAGUCUGUGCCACCUACUACUUGGUAUCGCUUUGUGGCUGGUUUAAAUGCACAACUGCGCUUAGUAUGUCGGGGACGUCUUAAAGUAAUGUUUCGGCCUGUCCUUAGAUGGCUUGAAACUCAUGCCAAUCCUGCUUUGAGGAUCCAUGGUGUGCGUGUUGAUCUUGCAUGGUUUCAAGCUACAACUUCUGGCUAUUGUCAAUAUGGACUUCUGGUACAUGCUGUUGAAGAAGAAAUUGAGCAUGCUUCCUUUGAUAGAAGUGCUGGAGCAACAAGAACAGAACAACAAUCUCGUUUUUGUAGUUCAAGCAGCAUUGGUAAGGAAAAUCCACUGGAUCAUCAGAGAGAAGAGAUGCUCUUAAGCCAAAGCCAUAGAAGCAGUGAAAAUCUCUCAAAGCAGAUGAAGAUUUACGGUGGGAUUGUAGAUACUAACAGCGUAAACAUGAUUGAGGAGAAGAAUAUAUACUACCCGUUCUCUUUUAUAAUGCAUAACACUAAACCAGUUGGACACCAGGAUCUUGUUGGUUUGGUCAUCUCAAUGCUCCUUCUAGGAGACUUCAGUUUAGUUUUGCUGACUUUGCUCCAGUUGUAUUCAAUUUCAUUGGUGGCCGUCUUUCUAGUUUUGUUCAUUUUACCGCUUGGGAUUUUACUUCCCUUCCCUGCUGGCAUCAAUGCUCUUUUCAGUAGUGGGCCUAGACGGUCUGCUGGUCUUGCACGCGUUUAUGCUUUGUGGAACCUUAUGUCCUUGGUUAACGUCGUGGUUGCAUUUGUUUGUGGUUAUUUUCACUAUAACACUCAGUCAAGUAAAAGAGUUCCGAGCAUUCAACCAUGGAAUUUUAGCAUGGAUGAGAGUGAAUGGUGGAUUUUUCCUCUUGGACUGGUUUUGUGUAAAUGCACCCAAUCCCGCCUUAUUAAUUGGCACGUCGCAAAUUUGGAGAUUCAAGAUCGUUCGUUGUAUAGUAACAACUUCGAGCUGUUCUGGCAGUCGUGAUUUUUAUCAAGCAAACAUCUCCGAGUACACAACUACAACUAUUUUUGCUUUUUUUCUAAAAUUUAUUAUGCUUUCCUUUUUGUAAGCUAUUAGAGAGAGAGAGAGAGAGAGUAGGUGAAUGAUUGACAUAGUUGGGAGAAUAUAGAAAGAGAUAGAUAGAUAGAAUGAGAGGUAUUAUUCAUUCAUGUAACCCCCCCCCUCCUUUUGAAUUAUGCGUAGCCAAAGCCAGUAGUUUCUAUGCUCCAAUGUAAAUAUAUUCAAGUGGGAUAUAUAUAUAUAUAUAUGCCCAUAUGCUUUUGAAAUUCAUUAAAAUUUUCUUCUCUACUAGUUCGGACCCAACGUUUUGUCAAUCUGUAUACAUAUUCUUAUGUGAAUGAAUACAAAUUGAGAUGCGUUUUAUUUGA